AUGGUUGGUGAACCCGUUCGUCGUCGUGCAACUCGAUUAUUUUAUCGAAGAACAACUGAACCAACUGGUCGUGUAACUCGAUCAGUUCGUCAUAAUAAUACUAAACAACAAGGUGCUCGUCGUGAUGAUACAUCUGAACAAGGUGAUCGUCGUGAUACAUCUCAACAAGGUGAUCGUCGUGAUACAACUCAACAAGGUGGUCGUGAUGAUACAUCUGAACAAGGUGCUCGUCGUGAUGUACCUCAACAAGGUGGUCGUGAUGAUACAUCUAAACAAAGUGCUCGUCGUGAUGUACCUCAACAAGGUGGUCGUCGUGAUACAUCUGAACAAGGUGCUCGUCGUGAUGUACUUCAACAAGGUGGUCGUCGUGAUACAACUCAACAAGGUGGUCGUGGUG